CCUGGGCGGGGCCUCAGGUGGAGGGCGGGGCAGGGCCCAGGUAGAGCUGCCCUGCGGCGGCGCCAAGCGGCUCCCACUCCCGGGAUGGGGUGCUGCCGCCUCUGCGUGUUCGACGCCCUCCGGGGCCCCCGGCGGCUGAUGCGCGUGGGCCUCGCGCUGAUCCUGGUGGGACACGUGAACCUGCUGCUGGGGGCCGUGCUGCACGGCACAGUCCUGCGGCACGUGGCCAAUCCCCGCGGCGCUGUCACGCCGGAGUACACCACCGCCAAUAUCAUCUCCGUGGGCUCGGGGCUCCUGAGCGUUUCUGUGGGACUUGUGGCCCUGUUGGCAUCCAGGAACCUAUUUCGCCCAGCACUGCACUGGGCCCUGCUGGCACUGGCCCUGGCGAACCUGCUCGUGUCUGCUGCCUGCUCCGUGGGCCUUCUCCUAGCAGUGUCACUCACUGUGGCCAAUGGUGGCCGCCGUCUUAUUGCUGACUGCCAUCCAGGACUGCUGGAUCCCUCCAUACCGCUGGACCAGGGGCCCGGACACACCGACUGCCCAUUUGAUCCCACGAGAAUCUUUGACACAGCCUUGGCCCUCUGGAUCCCAUCUCUGCUCAUGUCUGCAGCCGAGGCAGCCCUAUCUGGUUACUGCUGCGUGGCCGCGCUCACUCUACGGGGAGUUGGGCCCUGCAAGAAGGAAGACUUUCAGGCGCAGCUAGAGGAACUGACAGAGCUUGAACCUCCUAAAUGUAAAUGGCAGGAAAACGUGAAGCUUCUGCAUGAACAUCAUGAACUCCUGGCAUCACAAAAAACCUGGGUUUAGGACAGGGUUUUGCUGAGUCACCAAAUUGCCUGGGCUGGACUCCAAUUUGUGAUCCUCCUGCCUCAGCCUCUGAGAGUACUGGAAUUACAGACAUACACCCCCAUUCCUGGUUUACAGCACGGUGCUCUGUUGCCUCGCCCUCAGACUCAGAUUGGUUCUUCCUUUUAUCAGCAAGGGCUGCUCUGUGGCUCAGCCCACAAGUAUUUUUCCACUAAGCCAGGGGCCCUGAUUCCAGAAUGAUAUAAAUAAUUGUAAUAAAAAUUUUUUUCUUCUA